AUGAAGAAUCUUCUCGCCCCGCCGCAUGUCAACUUUGGGUUGCAGGUGGACAUACUAGCAAAUGGCUUGCCCAGGCUAAGGAUCGAUGAGAUUGGCGGGAUCUAUCAGCGCUACAAUCAGACAGCUUCGUAUGUUCUCAUCGCUGAACCAGAUCUGAUGGCGUCAUCCGCCAUCGACGUCAAAUCCACUCGCGAUACAGACGUGCUCUGUUUCCGUACCUCCACUCACCAGCAACUUGAAUUUACCGUGCAGCACAACCCCCUCAGACUCACUCUCCGGAACACAGCAACGGGUGAGACACUCGUCGACAUAAACGCAAAUGAUUUGCUGCACAUGGAGCACUACAGACGACGCAGCGACACCGACGAUACCAGAGUAGAGGGAAUGUGGGAGGAAACUUUCAACCACAAACCCGACUCCAAGCCUAAAGGACCACAGGCAUUCUCGCUCGACAUUGACUUCCCGUCGCAUGCGCAUAUAUACGGCAUACCGGAGCACGCAGCACCGCUCGCACUUCCACCUACAGACGGCACAUCACCACGGCGCACGCCAUAUGUCGACAACUCACCGCCGUACACGGAGCCAUAUCGGCUGUACAACCUUGAUGUGUUUGAGUACGAAGCCAGCUCCCCGAUGGCACUGUAUGGAUCUGUGCCGCUGAUGCACGCCCAUUCAUCGCGCUCCUCUCUCGCUGUCUUCCUCCUCUCGGCGAGUGAGAUGUGGAUCGAUGUGAAACAUCCCUCGAAUCACUCCACUUCGACCCAGUGGAUGGGCGAGAGUGGAAUUAUUGAUCUCUUUUUGAUACCAGGUCCGUCGGUCGAGGAUGUGUUCGCUCAGUACGCUUCUCUCACAGGUGUAGUACAGCUGCCGCAGCAGUUCGCCCUUGGACAUCACCAGUGCAGAUGGAACUACUUCACGUCGAAGGAUAUGCUGGGCGUUGUUGAUGGAUUCGAUUCCAUUGAUGCGCCUGUAGACGUUCUCUGGCUUGAUAUAGAGUACGCUGAAGGCCACAAGUAUUUCCUGUGGGAUAAGAGGAAGUUCCCUGAUCCUGUCGAUAUGAUUGAGAGCAUCGCAGCGACUGGGCGCAAGACGGUGAAUAUUAUCGAUCCUCAUCUAAGCCGCGAUGAGAAUUUUUACGUUUACCAAGAAGCCAGUGAUAGAGGGCUGCUGGUCAAGCGCCCCGAUGGACAGUCUGAGUAUGAAGGGUGGUGCUGGGCAGGUGCGUCUUCGUGGGUAGAUAUGCUCAACCCCGCAGCCUGGGACUGGUGGAUUUCUCUAUUCAGCUUCGAAAAGUGGAAGGACUCAACGCGCAAUCUGUUUACUUGGGUGGAUAUGAACGAGCCCACUGUAUUCAAUGGGCCUGAAAUCACCAUGCCAAAAGAUGUACUAUUCCACGGCAACGUCGAGCACCGCGACAUACACAACAUGAACGGGCUCCUCUUCACCAAUCUUACCGCGCAGGGGUUAGAAAAAAGAGGGGAAGUCAACGAGCGAAGCUUCGUACUCUCUCGGUCAUUUUUCGCCGGUAGCCAGCGUUUCGGUGCGGUGUGGACGGGGGAUAACCUCGGCACGUGGGAGCAUCUACGCAGCGCGACACCAAUGAAUCUCGCCAACAGUAUUUCCGGAAUAAUGUUGACGGGUGCGGAUGUUGGAGGGUUUUUCGGCGACCCCUCUGCGCAAUAUCUCGUGCGAUGGUACCAGACUGGAGCAUUCCAUCCCUUUUUCCGAGCGCAUGCGCACAUUGACACGAAACGACGCGAGCCACACACACUGAGCGAGCCAUAUCGGAGUAUUGUGCGCGAUGUGCUCCGUCUGCGCUACACCCUUCUCCCGUUGUGGUACACGGCAUUCAGGUCGAGCACGCGCAACGGGAUGCCGGUGAUACGGCCACAGUUCUUGGUACAUCCGGGCGAUGAAGCGGGGUAUGACAUCGAUGAUCAGUUCUACGUCGGUGCUGCGGCUGAGUUGCUCGUGAAGCCUGUCGUGCAAGAGGAUGCGCAGAGCGUGGGUGUAUAUUUGGGUGGCGAUGAGCCUUACUAUGACUACUUUACCCACCAAAUCAGCUUCGCGAAGGAACACAUUCAUCGCACUCUCAAUAUACCCACUCAAUUAGAUACCCUCCCGCUGUUUAUUAGGGGCGGGAGUAUUAUACCUACACGGGAACGCGCUAGACGGUCGGCUAGUCUGAUGGUUCGCGAUCCACUCACCCUCACUAUAGCCCUCGAUCACUAUGGCGAAGCUCAAGGUAGGGUGUAUCUGGAUGACGGGCAUUCUUUCGACUACACCCGUGAUGCUUUCAUCGAUAGAAAUUUCACCUUCAGUAGCAUCAGUAGCGAUGUCAGAGGAGGAUGGGCGUUGAGAAGCACGCAAUUAGAGCCAGGCAUGUCGUUUACGGAGGGCGAGGAGAUUGAGAUUGAAAGGAUUCAGGUGCUUGGGUUGAAGGAGAAGCCAGAAGAGGUCAUCACGAGUGGACAAUUACUGCAGUUCACCUGGAAAGAGGGAGUGGCGGCUUCGGGUGGUGAGGAAGGCAGGGCUAGUUUGUUGACGAUCAAGAAGCCGCUUGUGAGAGUGCGCGAUGAUUUCGAGAUAGUUGGAUGA